UUUUAUUGAUAAACAAUUUAAAUUUAGAAUCGUGUAGUGUAUCAAAUCAAUGGAAUCGUUUAAAUUCUAGCGUUGUGUUGUGUGUUCAUUUUCUUAUACUAAUUAUUUUAUAGGUGAUUAGGUGUGAUUAGAGGUACUUGUAAAUUUGUGUACAUAUCGAUUUAUUCGUAGAAUCAUGCAGUUUGACUGAAUAUUUCUGCUCGGCGGAUGAAUAUAGAAUAUGGAAGUCGCCUUUGAACCACUUCAGAUAAACGAUAUUUCCACGAUGGCUAAAAGCUGCGUUGUCGAAGACAACUCCAUAUACGAAGAGUGUUCUAUUUGCUGUGAAUCGUUUACCAAUAAGUCGUUUAUUAAUGAAUGUCUGCAUCCUUUUUGCUACCAGUGUAUUUUAGAUUGGACUAAAGUUAAAGCUGUUUGUCCAUUGUGUAUCGGACCUAUUACCGGAAUAUUACAUAAUAUAAGAUCUCAGGAUGAUUACGAUAUUGAGAAAGUCGAACCUCCUAGAGUAGAUGUUCUCGCUAAUAUCGAUAACGACUUAAUUUUCGAUAUCGACGAUACAGAUACCGAUAGUAGCUAUGGCGGAAUGGAAUCAAUGGAUAUGGAAUCAGAUUACGAUAAUUCGAUCAUAUACGACGGAAACGAAGACUUCGACGGUGCCAAUUACGAUAACGAAACGGGGAAUUUCUUCAAUUACCUGAGUAACAAUGAAUUGUCUCACGAUGACGACGACGAAGCCUCCGAACACUCGAACGAGAACGAGGAGGAAAGCGAAGAUGAAGCUGAAGGCGAUGCCGAAGAAGAUGAUGCCAGCUGUAAUAAUUCAUCGGACCAAGAAGAAGAAGACGACGAUGAUGAAGUACAAAAUGAUGAAUUCUUCAACGUAGACAGCGAAUCAGAUGCUGAAGACGAGCACGCAGAUGAUGAAUACGAUUGCGAUUCGAAUGACGGCGACAAUGACGCCGAUUCGGAUAACGAUAACGAUUAUUUCGAUAAUUACGAACAGGACGACGACAACGACGACGACGACGAUGAUGAUGAAGAUGGAGAAGAAGAACCUGAUAACGAUGAUUCGGAUGAGGAUAACGAUGAUAACGAUUACGAGGAUACGCUCGAUGCUGAAACAUAUGAUGUUUCCGAUGACGAUUCGGAAGAACCUGGUGUCGAAUAUUCUCCCUCGUCAGCUAGCGAAGAUGAGUACUAUUAUUAGAGGAUUCGGUUGUACCGGGUUAUUUGCUAAAGUAUACGGGUGUAAUAGUGUUGUUGAAUAUAUCGCUUUGUGUAAUCGCUAAUUUGAUGUAAGAAUUGUUUUUCCGGAAUUAUACUUACUUUGUUUUUUUUUUUUUUUUUUACCAUUUCAAUUACCUAUGUUGAACCAGAAUUGUAUUCAUUUCUUUCUAUACCUAUUCAAUAUUGCCAAGAAUAUUGUAUUUAUCGAAUAUCUACGUUAUAAGAAGUGUUUUUGUUCCCUUUUUUUGUAAAUCGAUUCAAUUUAUAUGUUUUUAAGCAUGAAGGAAUUCUAUUUUCAAAAUGUUCUAUUACUUUUUCAGUAAAUACGUCGAAUUACUCUAUUCUUUGUAAAUUACAAGUAUAUAAAUGUAUAAAAUUUUUCAAAUUA